UAUUACUUUGCACCUCUGCAUAUUAGCACUGGAAAAACUGUGCAUCUGAUCGAUCUUCAUCAGUGACAUCAUGCAAUCAUGUCGGCUUGAACCAGAAUCUCAAAAGGAAUGUUUCCACCAGCUCGUGAAACCCAUGCCAGAAUAAAUUCAAGUUGUUCUGUGAGCAAAGAACGGUUUCAGUGUAGAUUCUCAAACCAGAGCGGUAGUCAGAAGUUUGUUUCCUGUCUGAAGCAUCUUCUAAUCUUGCAUGAGAGACUGCUGAUCUAAUCAGGGUUUUUAUUCCGAAGUGCAUGUCUGUGUCUGGUUGCCCACAUCAGACUGAACAUGCAGCUUUCCAACUUCAUCUCUGCUGAAAGGUUCAGGACAGAAAAGAAUCCUCAAAUCUUAAUCGAUUUGCCAGAAGGCACACGAUCACGAAUACAAUUAUGGGUCACAUGAAAGAGCAGAGACGUGAUCCGCUGUGCAUCUGGUGUCUGGAGAGAUCGAACAAGAUUAGACGAGCUAACACACUGAGGUUUUCCGUGAGAAGAUAAGAGUCUUGGGGUUUUGUCUUUUUUUGUGUCAUGCACACCAUUGCAGCUCAUCAUGUUCUAUCACGCUGUGGAAGAAUAACAAUAGAAUAUGAAAAUAGUUUCACUUCAAGAUCAAUAAGCUUCUACAGAUCUACAAAAAAAUUCAGGUGGAUGUAUGGAGUGUUGUGUAAUGCGUACAGCCUCUGGUUCUUGAUGUUCUUCUAGAUGAUGGAGAAACACCUCCUAGUUCUCUCAGUGUUGGGGCUCAGGAAAGGAAAGUGCCUGAGGUCCUUCUCCAUCUUCCUGGCUUUGGACCGUGCUGUGGAUGGACUGGAGAUCAGGGAGCUCAGUAUGGAUGGGAUGCUCAGCUUUUAUAAGCACAUUUUAUAAGAGCAAAUGACUAGAUGUGGAAUGAGAUGUUCAGAAAGAAGCACACAGACAUUUUUUUUUGCCUUCUAAUAAAACAGUGAAUCAGUAAUAACAGUUUCUGGGUUGAUUUUGGUGGGUGUUUGGUGUACAGUGGUCUUCAACUGGGUAUUAUGGCAAUCAUUUAUCAAAAUACCAAAUGUUAAUAUGCCUGAUAUGAGGCAUGAUAAUAAAACAUUUGCCUUUUUCCACCAUGUUUUGCUUCAUUUCUAUAAUCAGAAACGCCCCAAUAUUCUACUUUGUGAACCUGGAAAUCUUUAUUGUCUCCCCUGUAGAAAUUUUUGCACUUCUUGAACAAUAACAGCGUCAAUUUUAGACACGAAUAACUAUUUGGAUUGGAAUAGAAGAUUUAAUGAAUGCUUGACACUUCACUCUAAAGUGUAAAGAUGGAUGAAGACGCUGCACGCGCUGCUGUUUGCUGCAGCUCUCGGCGUCGUGGGUUUUCAUGCUGCACAUGGAGAAGAAAUCAUCCAUGGCAAGAAAGCCAGCAUGAACUCCCACCAGUACAUGGUGUCUGUGCAGAGGGAAAGUGAGCACAUAUGUGGAGGGUUCCUCAUAGACCCCGGCUACGUGCUCACGGCUGCUCACUGUUACGUAAGUCACGUCAGUGUCGUCAUGGGGACUCGAAACAUCGAUUGGAAAACGAACCAUAUGAGAAGAUACCAAGUGACUGCCAUGUUUAUACAUCCAUCAUACAGGGGACAUCCCAAAUUUGGGUCAGACAUCAUGCUUCUGAAGCUUUCAGGGAAAGUCAAUCUGAACAACAGGGAUUUGAAGAUCAUUAAAAUCCCGAGUAUGAGCCGCGCAGUCGAUCCAAACAUCAAGUGCGAAGUCGCAGGAUGGGGAAGAACCGAAUACCAACUACGGGUGAAUGACCUCAUGGUGGCUCAGGUGCCCAUCAUUAAUAUGACAGACUGUAAGAAGAGCUGGAAUGCAUUGAAUAUUUCACUCCCGGACAACAUCCUGUGUGCAGGAGGCUACAGAACCACAAGUGGAGCAUGCCAGGGGGAUUCUGGUGGGCCUUUGGUGUGCAGUGGUGUGGCGGUCGGCAUCGUGUCCUUCAAUCGUGGAAAUAAUUGCGACUAUCCAGACGUCCCUAAUGUCUACACUGAAAUCGCUCCGUAUGUUGACUGGAUUAACAGUGUGAUCAAAGAAAAUGCUUGAACUGAUGUCAUGCAAAAAAAAAACCUGAAAUCAAGAUAUAAAAAACUGAGGCAGAACAA